GCAUAGAUUUUUGAUAAUAGAUCAUUAUCAGCAAGCUGAUUUAAUAACUUUACUAAGCAAAGAGUGUGAAUUUUACUCUUGAUUUCUAUAGGAAAGCUGGAACACCAAGACCACUAUGGAACGCAGCAUCUCAAAUCCUCAUGGCUGUAGGGUAUCUACUAAUGGCUUUUGCUGUGCCCAAUUCACUUUACAUCGGUUCAAUGGUGGUCGGAGUUUGUUAUGGUGUCCGUCUAGCCAUUACUGUACCCACAGCAUCAGAACUCUUUGGUCUCAAAUACUAUGGUCUCAUCUACAACAUCUUAAUACUUAACUUACCACUCGGCUCGUUCCUCUUCUCUGGUCUCCUCGCUGGGUUCCUCUACGAUGCAGAGGCUACACCAACUCCUGGUGGGGGCAACACUUGCGUCGGAGCUCAUUGUUACCGUCUCAUCUUCUUGGUGAUGGCUUUAGCUUCUAUUAUUGGAGUCGGUUUAGAUAUUCUGUUGGCUUAUAGGACAAAGGACAUUUAUGCUAAGAUUCAUGCUAGCAAAAAGGCCAAGAAAUCUGGUAGUAGCCUGAGUUAAGAAUUGUUUCGAUCUAGAUGGUUCAUCAUGAUUUUUUUAGUUUGAGAUACUGAUGUUCUUUUACAUGAAUGAAUAUUGGUUUCAUGACACCAGUGUAAAAUUUUCAAGAUUUUGUUCAUAUUUUUUGUUACAUAAUCGAAUGAAAUUUUACUAUUA